CGGCUCACCCCACACCACAUUGCUCCUCAGCUGCCAUCUACAAAGCCACCAUGUCUUGCCGCUCCUACAGAGUCAGCUCUGGCCGUCGGGUGGGAAACUUCAGUUCUUGCUCAGCAAUGACUCCUCAGCAUCUGAACCGCUUCCGGGCAAGCUCUGUCUCCUGCAGGAGUGGACCUGGCUUCCGGGGCUUGGGUGGUUUUGGUAGUCGGAGCGUCAUCAACUUUGGAUCAUCCUCACCCCGGAUAGCAGUCGGAUGCUCUCGUCCUAUCCGCUGUGGAGUUGGCUUUGGAGCUGGCAAUGGGAUAGCCUUUGGCUCUGGUGACGGAAGUGGCGUUGGUCUGGGCUAUAGGGCCGGCAGUGGCGUUGGCUUGGGUUUUGGUGCUGGCAGUUGCCUUGGCUAUGGUUUCGGAGGCCCUGGUUUCGGCGGCCCUGGCUUUGGUGGGCCUGGCUUUGGCUACAGAAUUGGAGGAAUCGGAGGCCCCUCAGCCCCUGCUAUCACAGCUGUGACUGUUAACCAGAGCCUGCUGACACCCCUCAACCUGGAGAUUGACCCCAAUGCCCAGAGGGUGAAGAAAGAUGAGAAGGAACAGAUCAAGACCCUCAACAACAAAUUCGCCUCCUUCAUUGAUAAGGUAAGGUUUCUGGAGCAACAGAAUAAACUCCUAGAGACCAAGUGGAGCUUCCUCCAAGACCAGAAAUGUGCCCGUAGCAACCUGGAGCCUCUCUUCGAUAACUAUAUCACCAGCCUGCGGAGGCAGCUGGAUGUACUAGUCAGCGACCAGGCUCGGCUGCAGGCAGAGAGGAACCACAUGCAGGACAUCCUUGAAGGCUUCAAGAAGAAGUAUGAAGAAGAGGUGGUGUUCCGGGCUAAUGCGGAGAACGAGUUUGUAGCGCUGAAGAAGGAUGUAGACGCAGCUUUCCUGAACAAAUCUGACCUGGAAGCCAACGCGGAUGCUCUGGCCCAGGAAAUUGAAUUCCUCAAGGCUCUGUACCUGGAGGAAAUCCAGUUGCUGCAGUCACACAUCUCAGAGACAUCUGUCAUUGUGAAGAUGGACAACAGCCGGGACCUGAACCUGGAUGGGAUCAUAGCAGAAGUCAAGGCACAGUAUGAGGAGGUAGCAAGGCGGAGUCGUGCAGAUGUGGAGUCCUGGUACCAGACCAAGUAUGAGGAGAUGCGGGUGACCGCUGGCCAGCACUGCGACAAUCUACGUAAUACACGGGACGAGAUCAAUGAGCUGACCCGGCUGAUCCAGAGGCUGAAAACUGAGAUUGAGCACACCAAGGCUCAGUGUGCCAAGCUGGAGGCCGCCGUGGCUGAGGCAGAGCAGCAGGGUGAAGCUGCCCUCAACGAUGCCAAGUGUAAGCUGACUGAUCUGGAGGGAGCCCUACAGCAGGCCAAGCAGGACAUGGCCAGGCAGCUGCGGGAGUACCAGGAGCUCAUGAAUGCCAAGCUGGCGCUGGACAUUGAGAUCGUCACCUACAGGAAGCUGCUGGAGGGCGAGGAAAUCAGGAUCUGUGAAGGUGUUGGGCCAGUAAACAUAUCUGUGAGCAGCUCUCGAGGAGGUGUGCUGUGCGGGCCUGAGUCCUUGGUCUGCGGAUCCGGCCUUUCCCACAGUGGUGGAGUCACCUUCUCCAGCAGCAGUGGCAUUCGUGCCACUGGAGGGAUUCUGGCUUCCUCGAGCCUGAGGGCUGGUGGAGACUUGCUGAGUUCUGGAACCAGAGGAGGCUCAGUGAUAGUGGGUGACGCCUGUGCCCCCAGCAUCCCCUGUGCACUGCCCACAGAGGGAGGCUUCAGCAGCUGCAGUGGUGGUCGAGGUAACAGAAGCUCCAGCAUCCGCUUCUCGUCCACCACCACCUCCCGUAGGAGCAGGUACUGAGUACCUAGCCCCAGGGGGCCGCCGCCUGGAGAAGAACCAGCUGAAUAUCCCCUGUUCCUAUCCCCUGAGGUGUAUAGACUCUGGUCCUGAGGGAUCUCCAGAAACUCUCCCUGCCAGUACACAAACCUAGCCCAUGUCCUUGUGUAGACACGCCAGUCCCAGCCCCAGGGGCUUCUCCCCAAUUCCUUUCCUUCCGAUCCUCCGCAGGCUCCAGCCACAGUAAAUGUAUUUUCAGCACCACUACAGAAAGCAGAGCCUCCUGGGGAGAGAGGGGUCAUUCAGAGCAUGAGCAUGAGCACAGACCCCUGGGGCCUGCAGGCAUCCUCAGCCCAUCCCCUUCCUCCCUCUUCCCUUCCCUGGCAGAAGAUGCUUCAUGGUCCCUCUCCCCUGUCCCCAAAGGACACACAGUCCUUGGUGGCCCCUAUGUUCCCAUGAUGGUUCUCCUCCCAGUGGCUCAUCCAGGCCAUUUCUCUUAAGGUUGUUGGUUUGUCUGCGGUAUGUGGGUCUGCCAAGUAGGUGGAGUUCAGACGGAGAGGUAGUCUCUUCUGUCCGUGUGCCUUGUUCUUGUGGUGAUAGAAGGCCCAACUCUGGGCCCUGUGGUUGCCACAGGGUUGGGUCUGCAAACUCUGGGAGUCUGGGGGUGGGUGGGCAACUGUUUGUACUAUUCUUUGUAUUCCUGGGUUUUCAAUAA